AUGGAGGGAGAAAUGUUAAAGACAGCAGCUGCUAUGAAGGCAUGUUACCAAGGAUUUGAUCCUGCAGCGUAUUUGCAAUAUAACUACACUCCACCCAGAGCAGACUUUGACCGAAAAGACAGCAUUGUACCAUGGAAGCUCAGCUGUCUGCACAGAGCUCUUACUGAAGAUGAUAUUAGAGGGGAUGUUUUAGUGGAUGUCGGAUCUGGCCCCACUCUCUAUCAGGUCAUGAGUUGCUGUGAACGGUUUAAUCGUGUGAUUCUUUCUGACUUUCUGGAGGUCAAUAGAAGAGAGCUGCAAAGCUGGCUACAGGAGGACAAGAGCAGCCUGGACUGGACCACAUACUUCAAAUACGUGUGUCAACUGGAGGGACGAAGUUCAUCAGCUUGGACAGAUAAGGCUGCACGACUUCGCUCAGUUGUGUCUGAUGUGUUGCCCAUUGAUGUACACCAGUCCUGCCCAUUAUCCCAAGGGUCCUUGCCUUCAUAUGGAGCAGACUGUCUGGUGUCGGCAUUCUGUCUGGAAAGUGUAAGCCCUGACUUGUCUUCUUUCACUAGUGCCUUGAGCAACAUCUCCAGCCUGCUUAAGAGAGGGGGUUAUCUUCUGCUCAUUGGUGCCUUGGGAGAAAGCUUCUACAUGGGUGCACCAGGACUGUGCAUUCCUGUAGUCCCUCUUGAUGAAGCUCAAGUCUGUUUCAGCCUAAGGGCCAGUGGAUAUGAGCUCCUGCAGCUUUGUAUUUACCAUCUGCCAGCAGAUAUGAAAGUGGGAGUAGAUGAUGUCACUGGUGUAUUCUUUGCGAAAGCAAAGAAGGCAUAA